UUCAUGGUGUUUAAAUCCUUCUCCUCAAAGUCCUACAUAGGCGCUUUCUACAUACUCCGCAUUGCAUAGCUAAUGGGCACAUUCGAUUCACAAACAACAUUCAUAGCCAUUUGAGGCACUACAAAAUCCAAAUAAGGAAAACCCAACUCUAAAUAUUCUGAACAAAACUCUCUAAGCAUCACAUUUGUGCCGAACCAAACAGGAAAAUCACACAAAGCAAACAAAUGAGCAUAAUAUCAAACUGCAAAUACUACCUGAAGAACAGGAGGAAGAAGAAGAAGAACAGAAGAAGGAUGAAGGACGCUUCUCGGGUGGCAUCUUGAAAGUCCCUUAGAACUGUUCACUGGUAAUUUUCUCGCCGUUCAGUCUCUGUGAAUGAUCUGGGUCCUUAUUUUCGGUGGAUUGGUAAGCAAUGGGUUCGUUCUGAGCUUUAUCAGUGGCUUCACACAGCAAUUCACACCCCGAAACCGGGACAAGAUUUUUUUCCUUCUGAAGUUUACAUGCGGGUUAAAGUAAGAGCUAGAAUAUAACGAUGUAUAUAUCAUUAUAACUUCAACUAAGACAACUAACCAUGUUUAACUGACUCUACGUCAUUAUAACUUCAACUAAGAUAUGUUUUGGAGUACUUAUUCUUCCUUCAACAUCAAUAGUUUCGUCUCCUCAUCUCACCUAAUCGUUUGUCCUCUUCUCAUCUGGUUGCUUGUCGUUGCUUAGCUCUCUCUUGCAUCUCACGCCAUUGGUAAGCUUAAAUUGUUUUUCCUCGUGGUUUCUAAUCUGUUCCCACCACCACGACUUUCUCUCACUCGAUUUCAUCUCCUUUAUUCUACAAAUCUCUCUUGGUGUAACUUCUCAUUGGCAUCGUAGAUCCACAUACCAAAAAAUGGACGUAACUCUAGGACACAUGCGGAUGGUCGCCCUAGCUCAAACUCUUUUUUUAGUUCCCUUUUAGUUCUACUUUUCAAAGAAAGUCAAGUCUUAUAAAAGACGUCAUUCUAUGAGGGAAGUCUCUGAGAGUCUUUGCAAGUUUAUUCCAAACAAAGCGAACUCCUUCUUUCUCGAUCUUCGUCAGAAAGAUGCAGAUAAGACGACGGCAAUAGUAAGAGUCACAAAUUCUAAGGUGGUCAGUAAUUGUUGGUAAUGAAAUUGGAUUUUGUAGGAGAUUGGACUUGAGCCAUUAGUUACUAAAAGAAUCAUUUAACUAAUAGGGAAAAGAACAUAAUAAGUGAACCCCACAUCACACAGGCUGAAGGGAGAAACGAGAAGCCAUGUGUCAGGGUGAUGCUUGUCCAAGUCACCAUGCAUCCCACUCUGAUUAUCCGACUCCAUGACAUGAGGAGCCAGUAUUUAUUAAAAUUACCUCAGAACCCUAAUCCCCCUUCUCCUUAGUCUCUUCCAUUCCGAUCGGAACGAACCCUAACACCCUUCUAACAUCAACAAGCACAAAAUCCCCUUUUCAUUUCUUCCUCCUCUGAAAUCAAAUCAUCAAUCAUACUAUUUCAACCAUGGUAUCCGAAAUCCUUCCCCACAAAUUUCCCUCUUCCUCCGAUCCCCAUUCUCAGCCCACCGCUUCUCACUCACUUGCAGUCGCCACUGAUUCAUCUCUGCCCAACACCACGCAACCCGUCGUCCAUCGCAAAUCCUCCACCGCUUUGUCCUCGUCAUCUUCGAGGGACCGCCACACCAAGGUCAACGGCAGAGGGCGCCGUGUCCGCAUGCCGGCUCUCUGUGCCUCUCGCAUCUUUCAGUUGACGUGCGAGCUUGGCCAUCGUUCUGAUGGUGAGACCAUCGAGUGGCUUCUCCGUCAGGCUGAGCCCUCUAUCAUCGCAGCCACUGGUACUGGGACUGUUCCGGCUGCUCCGAUCUCCACCGUUUCUUCGGUUAUGGCGUCGUCUGCUCCGUCGGUUGCUUGUAGGGUUCAGCCGGUGGCAGUGGCUGCUGCUGGUGGGCAGGGAAUGUUCGGGAUGCCACCGCCGAGCUGCCGUUUGAAUUUAUGCCAGCCGGCCGGGAUGGAUUACUCUAAUGGCGGGGAUGAUUACCGGUACAUGCCGUUCACUGCGCUUCUGUUGCAGCCGGCGACGGCGGACGAGGCGGAGGAGAGACAUGAGGCGGAGGAGAUCUUCAGAGAACAAUAGAAAAUUGAAAUGAUCAAACAGAACACAGACAGCAGUUUGAAAUUGCAGUAUGGAAAUCUUACCCUUUUUCCAGCCCUUCUUCGGUCACCUUCCUCUCAUUCUGGUUAUGGCUAGAAUUUGUAGAGGCAUGAAGAAACUGUAUAAUCUUCUACUGCAAUGGAAAUUCAUCUUUUUUUUUU